CGGGCGCCUGAGCUCAGAGUUGGUGAGGAAUAUGAAUAUCCUUGGUGGCGGCAGCGGCGGCGGCAGAGGAGUGGUGGAGUGCAGCGUUUGUCACUCAAAGUUGGGAGUCUCGCCCCACUCCAAGGCCGUGUCUAAGGCCUACGAUCGGCACCGGACGGACGUCUCCUUGAAAUCUCGCGCCUUUAACAUCUUUUUGGUCGGUGGAGAUUGCAUACUGGUUGGCUUACAGCCUAUACUGGUAUAUAUGUCAAAAGUGGAUGGGAGUUUUAAGUUUAGUCCCAUCAGUGUUAAUUUUUUGACUGAGAUUGCCAAAGUUAUCUUCGCAUUAGUGAUGCUCUGUAUACAGAGUAGGCAUCAGAAAGCUGGAGAGAAGUCCCUUCUUUCUCCUUCUACUUUCAUUCAGGCAGCAAGGAACAAUUCUCUACUGGCUGUUCCAGCUCUAUUUUAUGCUAUUAAUAACUAUCUGAAGUUCAUCAUGCAGCUGUAUUUUAACCCUGCAACAGUGAAGAUGCUGAGUAAUCUGAAGGUUUUGGUCAUAGCACUUUUGUUGAAGGUAAUCAUGAGGAGACGUUUUUCCAUACUUCAGUGGGAAGCUCUUGCACUUUUGCUUAUAGGUAUUAGUGUGAAUCAACUGCGAUCUCUGCCAGAAGGAUCUAUUGCUAUUGGGCUUCCAGUGACAACAAUAGCGUAUCUGUACACACUGAUUUUUGUUACUGUUCCAUCAAUGGCUUCAGUUUACAAUGAGUAUGCCUUGAAAAGCCAAUAUGAUACCAGCAUUUAUCUUCAGAACUUGUUUUUAUAUGGUUAUGGUGCAAUCUUCAAUUUUCUUGGAAUACUCUUAUCUGCCCUUUUCAAAGGACCUGAUAGCUUGGAUAUUUUACAAGGACACUCAAGGGCGACUAUAUUUUUAAUAUGCAACAAUGCUGCACAAGGGGUCUUGUCCUCAUUUUUCUUCAAAUAUGCUGAUACAAUCUUGAAGAAAUAUUCAUCCACGGUUGCCACAAUUUUUACUGGAAUAGCAUCUGCUGUUCUGUUUGGUCAUACCCUGACAAUGAAUUUCGUUUUAGGAAUCUCUAUAGUGUUCAUCUCAAUGCAUCAGUUCUUCUCACCCAUGUCAAAAGUCAAGGAGGACCCACAAAAUGGUGGUUUGGAAAUCAUAGAUACUAAAUUCAGGUCGAAGGAUUCCUCAUUUUUGGAUAUGGCUACCGGAGCCCAUGAAGAUGCAAGCCAUCGGAUCCCACUUGAUGACAGAGAACCUCUUCUUCCUAGAUGAAAGUAUCAAUAGGUAAUGCGUCUGUUGUUUGGUAGAGCAAUGUCGGAGAGAUGUCACAGUUCCACUUGGCAUUAACUGCGGUGCUUUUGUUUUGCUGAAUUGCAACAUUUCAACUGUAUACACCUUUUAGUUGAAGUCUAUUUACGUUUGUGAUACAAAAUUGAGAGCAUGCUCUAUUAGCAAGAUGUGAAUAUAAAUGCUUAACCAUUGGGUUUGAUUAGAAAUUAUUUCAGGUAUAUACAUAUCAUUGGAGUGGCAUUCUUUGGCUUGUCAACAUGGAUGGAUAGUACAGAUGCUGGACCAUUUAUAUAUAUAAUAAUGAUGAUGAAUCUCAAGAGUAUUACAAUCAUUUCUUUUUUUUUUUCUUUUUCAACUCAAAAAGGUCUAGGGAAAUUUUUAUGAGCACCAAGAUUUUUAAUCAUGGUAUAUGAGGAUAAUUUUGUACGUAGUAUUUGUUUCUUGCUAUUUUUAUUUUUGAACUAAAAUCCGCACUCGGACAUAUUUCCAUUUAAUACGUACGUUGUAGAGAAGAUCGGACUGUUAAAGUGGUCAACUCACUAUCCCUAGUGCCUCUAUGUUGAUACAUCCUAUAGUCGUAAACAACUUUAUUUCCAUGCUUCUUUGAAGAGAGAAAAAUGUGAAUUUUAUUUCUCGUCUCAUAUCAAAUUUAGUAAAGUUUAUGUGGUU